GGGAGGACCGCAGCCGAGGCUCGCGUUCAUGCAGGCGGCCUGGGACCUCCCGGCGGGAAAAGGAGCCCCCACCCCAAAGGGCUGUGCCGGCGCAUGGGAAGAUGGUAGGGCUUCCGUAGGACCAUGCGGCACACGAUGACCGGUGGAUGUCUCCUCGCCCUGGUCUUCCACUGCGCUCUCUUCCUGAGUGCGGCUGCCCCGGCUACGGCCUGCCCGGCCCGCUGCGAGUGUGCGCCGCCUCUCCGGUCGGUCCUCUGCCACCGCAAGCGCCUCACCGCCAUCCCCGAGGGCAUCCCGACCGAGACCCGGAUCCUGGAGCUAAACCGGAACCGCCUCCGCUGCCUCAACGCGGGGGACCUGGCCCCGUUCCCACAGCUGGAGGAGCUGGAUGUCAGCGAGAACCUCCUCACCCACAUAGAGCCGGGCGCCUUCAGCCACCUCGGGAGCCUCCGGGUGUUGCGGCUGCGCGGCAACCAGCUCAAGCUCCUUCCGCCGGGCAUCUUCGACAAGCUCUCGAACCUCACGCUCCUGGACCUGAGCGAGAACAAGAUCGUGGUCCUCCUGGACUACACGUUCCAGGACCUGAGGAGCCUGACACAGCUGGAGGUCGGGGACAACGACUUGGUCUACAUCGCCCGGAAGGCCUUCUCCGGCCUGGUCAGCCUCCCACAGCUGACCCUCGAGAGGUGUAACCUGACGGACCUCUCGGCCGAGUCACUGUCCCGCCUCCGGGGCCUCGAGGUGCUCCAGCUGAGGCACCUUGGUGUGGCCUCGGUGGCGGACCAGAACUUCAAGCGGCUCUCCCGCCUCCGGAGGCUGGAGAUCGACCACUGGCCCUUCCUGGAGGAGAUCCCGGCCGACGGCUUCCAGGGGCUGAACCUCACCUCCCUCUCGGUCACCUACGCCAACCUCUCCGGGGUGCCGAGCGCGGCCUUGAGGACCUUGGGCCACCUCGUCUACCUGAACCUCUCCUACAACCCCAUCAGCACUGUGCCCCGGGGUGCCUUCCGGGACCUCCUCCGCCUCCGGGAGCUCCACCUGGUGGGGGCCCUGCUGGUCUCGGUGGAGCCCCAGGCCUUCUACGGCCUGAGGCAGGUCCGCCUCCUCAACCUCUCCGACAACUUCUUGCCCACUUUGGAGGAAGGGGCCUUCCACUCGGUCAACACCCUGGAGACCCUCCGGGUGGACCAGAACCCCUUGGUCUGCGACUGCCGGCUCCUCUGGAUCGUCCAGCGGAGGAAGACCCUCGACUUUGACGGACAGCCGCCCAUGUGCUCCUCGCCGCCCGAGAUCCAGGGGGACGCCCUGCGCGCCUUCCCGGACUCCGUCCUAUUUGAGUACUUCACCUGCCAGAAGCCCACCAUCCGCGACCGGAGGCUACAGCACGUCACGGCCUACGAAGGCCAGGCCGUCUCCUUCCUGUGCCGGGCGGAAGGGGAGCCGGUGCCCUCCAUCAGCUGGGUCUCUCCUCAGCACCGGAUGAUCUCCAGCCGGAGCCACGGGCGGGUGGCCGUCCUGCCCAGCGGGACCCUGGAGAUCCGCUACGCCCAGGCCCAGGACAGCGGGACGUACAUAUGCAUCGCCAGCAACGCGGGGGGCAAUGACACCUACUUCGCCACCCUGACGGUCCGAGGGCCCUCCUCGGCUGAUGGCAGCCUCUCCUACGCCAACCGGACCUUGUACUUUGGCGAGUUCAACGACACGGCCCACAACGACACCCGGGUGGUCCUCCGGUUCACCUUGGACCUGAAGACCAUCUUGGUCUCCACUGCCAUGGGGUGCAUCAUGUUCCUUGGGGUGGUCCUUUUCUGCUUCCUCCUCCUCUUCGUCUGGAGCCGAGGGCGGGGGCAGCACAAGAACCACUUCUCGGUGGAGUACUCCUUCCGCAAGGUGGACGGCCCCGCCACGGCCGCCGGCCAGGGGGGCGCCCGGAAGUUCAACAUGAAGAUGAUCUGAGCCUCACCCCUUGCGGGUGGGAGGGGAGAGGAGGCCGGCAGACGGUGGGUGGUGGGUGGGUGG